CGACGUAGUUGUUUGACUUGUGCGCUGUCGUGUCUGUCUCGCCGGAAUUGGGCCCCGCGAUGGUGGGCAAUUGUUUUGGCUCUGGUUGAUUCUACGCUACCCCUCCGGAAGCCAGGAAAGCAAAAGCUUCCAGAAAGACCUCCCAUCCGGACGCUCCGUCCCGUCUCCCCUAAAUUUCGUAGCGAAUUGUGAUUUGAAUCUAGAUUAGUUUGCUCACAAGUGCAAGCAAGCUCCAAUCAUGGCAGCCGAGGACAUCACCAGUCUGCUCGAAUACAUGAACAGCACCAAACUUGGCGGUGACAGUGACGACGACCUUCCCCAAGAAGCCAAGACACAGCGCACCCAGGGCCUCGAGACGGUUCUCGCCCGCGCAAAGGAGCUCCGGCAACCGGAAUCGCUGGAUGAUUUACUAGCCAUCACCCAAAAGCUAGCAACAGGCAGCCGUGACGCUUCAUGGAGAAUUCCCAUCGGUGAUUCUGGAAUACUGGAUUUCUGCCUGGAUCUGCUUGCCGAACCAGAAACACAUCAAUCACUCAAGAUCCAGGCACUUCGUCUUGCGGGCAACUCGUGCGCGGACACAGACGAAAACAGAGCACGGGUUGUCGAUGGGGCGUAUUUCCUACCGAUAAUCAAGCUGCUCGCCGAGGACGAACUUGUCCCGUUUGUGAUUCCUUCAUUGCAUAAUAUUUGUAUAGAAUAUGAGCCUGCCCAUGCAAAAGCUGCAGAGGCAGGCCUCUGCAAGGAACUUGCAGCAUGGCUCCAGAGUCAACGGGUGGCAAAGGCACCACACCUCGUGGGAAUUGCAGCAAAGACGAUUGGUCUCCUCGCAUCAACAGAGCAUGAGAAGGCCUCCUCGGACACAUCCAUCCCUAUAACCCUCCUGCAAUGCGCAUCGUCACCGCAGCCAUGGCCAGCACCAAAUUCACCACUCGAUAUGGAGGAUUUUAUCAGCCUGAUUUCCGCAGCCACAGCCUAUCUGACCGCAGACCGGAUCGCUACGGCAUCCGCAUCACCCUCAGACUCCCUUGCCAUCUACAAAAGCCUGGAGACAGCAUGUACCCGCUUCUCAUUCACAGACGCUGAUGAAGAUGAUCUAGACGACGCCAACCAGCUUAUCAACAUGCGCAAGGCGCUAGUCGGUAUCGUCGCUGACCUCUCGUCCCAACCAAGCUGGACCGAGUCCUUCUCCAUAUCCUCAGACGGCAACCCGGCCGAGUGGCUGGCCGAUCACGGCGUCACUACCGACUGGCUCUCCAAGCAUCACUCCCCACUCCAAGAAGCGGCAUGUCUCACUUUUGGAAACCUCGCAUGCGACGACGCCAAAACGUCAUGGCUCGUCGGGACCCUGGGCAUUCACAAGCCGCUCAUAUCCCUCCUCGCCAAAGAGUACCCCUUCCAGCCAGGGCCCGAUGACGCUGCUCCGGGCGCGGUGCUGCAUUCCGCCAUAGGCCUGCUCAAAAACCUCGCCAUCCCGUUGGGGAACCGCCCGGUUCUCGGCGAGCAACUCCUUAGCACAGUCGACAAGCCAAUAGGUGAUAGCGAGGAAACAUCCACCACCGGUCUGCUGCCUUUCAUCUGGGCGCACAAGGAUACCCAACCGCAGACCCAGCUCGCCACUAUAUCGCUCUGCCGGCUGCUCUUGACAGGGACACCCUCCAACGCCCGCCUCUUCUGCGAACCCCUACCCACGGCCGCAUCCCCCGACAACACCCCCAACCAGCCGAGGACCCAACUCCACGCGCUCAUCGACGUCUUCACCACGGCCCCGACAGAGCCCACCAAGACCGAGGCGUCCCGGGCCGCCCUCGCCCUCUGCAGGGUCCUGCACGGCAGCAGCGGCGGUCCAGAAACCACAAUCCUGACCUCCCCGGCCUGGCAGGAGCCUACGACAUCUUCCGGGCCGCUCGCAAACUUCCUCGCCCGCCACGACGGCAUCCACGACCUGCUCGCCUUCCUGCUGACGCAGACCCGCUUCCCGGCGCUCCGCAGCGAGGCCUGGUUCGUGCUGGCGCUGACGACCCGCCACGGCUCGGACGGCGCGCCGCUCGUCGCCCGCGCCCUGACGAGCAGCGACGAGGCCCUAGCCGCACUGGAGCGUGCGGUGAGUCUGGGUCAGGGCCAGGCCGCCGCGGAGGCUGCCAGGAAGACUGAGGAAGAGAAGCAGAAGCAGGUGGCGACUGUCGACGGCAUUGAAGGGCUGGGCUUGGAGCCGAAACAAGCAGACCCGAGACAGGCCGCGCAGAUGGCCAAGAUCGACCGCGAGAAUGUCCUGGUUCUGCUUGUGGAACUACUCAAGAGCCAGGCCGCGCUCAAGGUUCUGUCCGAGGAGCACAAGACUAGACUUCAGCAGCUGAUGCAGACCGGUGGUGAGAUGGUGCUUGGUGAGAGGGAGCAGCCAGAAGUAGACGCAUAGCAGCAUGCAAUAGACAAAACAUUCACACAUUUGGUGCCUCACUUGUCGAAUCAAUCCUCACAUCACCAAUAUGCCAUUCGUAACCACAAAGCAUCAAGUAGAAAGU